AUGCUAUCGAAACUAGCACUUCCUAGACCCUCUGCUUUCAGGAUCGUAAGCCCCAUUGUUCCUGCGUCGAAUUUUCGCAACUUAGCAUGUCAUUACAGUUCCGAUGUCCGACUAAGAAUACCACCAAUCAAGCGCGUGGGCGAAACUUUGGAGCGCAAAAGAGCCCGUCUGGUGUAUCAGUCUCGUAAAAGAGGUAUUUUGGAAACGGAUCUGUUACUCUCGCGGUUUGCUGCGAAAUAUCUAGACACCAUGGCUCCGGAAGAGCUCGAUGAAUACGACUCAUUGCUCGACGAAUUGGAUUGGGAUAUCUACUACUGGGCAACCAAGAAUUUUGAUGUGACUCCGCUACCGGAAAAGUUCCAGGAUUCCAAGCUGCUGAAGAAAUUGCAGGAUUUUAGCGAAAACAGGGAAAAGGUUGUCAUGAGGAUGCCGGAAUUAGGUAGCAGGUAA